UCCGCGAUGUCAACUCGCUAUAAGCAUCGCUGCUUGCCCACCAUCUUGGGUAAACUCUGUCCCCUCAGGUUCGAUGACCUCUCUCUGUCCACCAUGGGCAAACCCGUUGCGCGGUAUUUGAAGCCGAGCUCCAGCCCCUCCACCUCGCUUGCUGCAGCUAAAGUGCAGAGUAAGCAUAGCCCACCCGGUCCAGCUUGUAGGCCGGCAUAUUCAGUUCUGGGUGUUCUAUGGGUCCUUUCCAUUCUUCUUGUGACGGGCUUAGCGUUGAGCUUGUCUUGCCAUUAACAGCCCCUACGCGACGACACGCUACUAACUACCGCUCCGGAAAAGGUCGUCGGCAGCAUUGUAUGUGUAUAAUAAUCAACGUCGGGCCUCAUGCGUCCGCGAAAUUAUACAACCUGAGCCCGAACUUCAAGAACAUCGACCCAUGUACCAACUUCGGAGAGAUGGUCUAUGGCGGUUUCCGCGAGCGCAAUGUUAUCCCGCAAUACGAAAUUUCUUUAGAAAGCAAUAGAGUCAUAGACGAGCCCAACAGCAUCUUGAUGAAGGAUAUACUCGAAUCCCGUACAAUACGUCCUGGGUCCAACCGCUCGUAACAUUUCUAGAGAACAUCGCCAGAGUUUUCCCAUUGCGCCAGGGGGGUGCGCAAAACUAGAUGACACUCUCGGACCGGAUGAUUAUGAGGUGCUCAGCCAGACAGGGCAAUUCCCCGUUUA